AUUAGUACUUGCGAACAGCUGCGACGUGUUGAUUCUUUCGAUACGACUAGUACAAGGAAAGGAACUCUCAACUAUAGUACGUUGAUAACCGUUCUAAGCAACCAAGGAACGGAUUGUCGUCUCGUCGUUUGAGAUGCGUCGAUUUUUGACAUGCGUCGACGUUUGGCAGAGCUAUCGUUACGAUAGAAAAUAAUUGAUCAUUAUGGCAUCGGUCACUCGACAUCGAGGUCGACGAAUUUGGGUGAUCUCGUUUCUCGCUACCUCAUUUGUUAUGGUCAUCGUCGUCUUUGUUAUGGUCAUUUUGAUUUUCUUGAGUUUGAAUUAUAUUUCCCCAUUUCUAGUGCAAAAGUAAGAGUAAUUCUAGUCCUUCUCUUCAUCUCAAUUCACACCCGACGAGAAAAAAAUGGGACCCUCAUCCUCGUUCUUUUCAUUGGUGGUCUGUGUGCUGCAAGCGGCAGUUGUUGCCAGCAUUGCGAGACACGACUCAGACAACCUAGUCACUUUUCGUGCGUCAGUCGAUGCAGACGGGGUACUUCUAGGUGGAGAGGAACUACUAGUUCAAGAAAUAGAACAAGGUGAGUCCUCUGCUUCAUCUUUCCUUGAAAAAGUGGUGAUGAACCAAGCACUAGCAGUCGACGUAGUUCCAACACGAUAUUCGUCAAGCACCAGAACUCCUGAUGUUCGCCUUGCUUCAUCACCAAGUAAUAGAAUCGUACGUCCUUUGUCUUCCUCGCUUUCGUCUUUUGUGGAACAACAUCAACAUCAUGCUCAGGCGAAGUCGAAGAAGUUAACUAGUAAAGAGAAGCAUGAUCGUCCUGUUGCUACUCCCCGAGCAUCUAUUAACGUCAGAUUGUCCGGCACAUCAGAACAUCGUACUCAUCGUACUCCUACUCUUCAAAAACAACAGCCAGAUCCGACAUCAGAUGCAGACGUAGAUCUCAUCUCCAUGCAACAUGAUUUGCAGGAAAUAGCGGAAUUCGACGCAGAUCAUGGUGGCUUGAUGCACGGGUUUUUCAAGCUAGCACAUCAGGUUGGACGUUUCUUCUCAACUUCGCUUUUUUUCACACCUUCCCCUGGACCUCUGCUGUUGAAAGAAAGGUCGCAAAGCAGAACUAGAACUGGUUCUAAUCGUGAGAGUACUGAUCAGACUCAGGAUUCAUCUUCCGCGAGUGCGACGCAAGGAAGUGGGUCCUCAGCAAGAAGCGUUGCCGGUUCUUCCUCCGCCCUAUCUUAAGGUCAGCCUUUAUCCAUCCAUCUGUCUCGUCGGCAUCUUGGUACCCUUUUCCCUUGUAUUCUCAAUCUCAUGAUGAGAUACAAGGGAGAUACGGGGUCAAGAUGAGGGGGCCGCGAUGCAAAAAUCUAGCAGACUCUAACUAUCAUCCGAGGAAAGUGCACAUGAUCUUCAUCUAGGGGAACAAAAACUCCCUCAAGCUCAAGGCCUCCUGUCAUCUAUUUCUAUACAGAGGAGCGUGCGAGGACAUGAUCUUCAGAGGAGGGGAACAACCGCAAAAAGUCCUUCAUCAGUGUUAGGAUACCUCGUCAUCGCGAUCUUUUGGAGUGCUCUUUUUUUCUCAAUCGCUCUCGUGGUUGGUGGUGCUGUAACUUUCGAUAAGACCAGGUGGAUCAUACCCGAUAUGACGACUGGAAGUGGUACAAUCGAAGGUACUCAUGCUCAUCUUCAUGUUGGAUCAAUAAGUACAGCCAGGAGUACGACAUCCACCAUGGGAGAGGAUCAGCAAGGGAGUAACUUUAUUUCGUCAUCGUCUUUAACCUCCGUCGCCUGGAUGAAAAAAGUCGAGCGUGUAGAAGCUGGAGGACUAGCAAAUAAAAAGGGAUCGACUGCAGGCGCUACUAUAAGUGUGACCUCGUCCAGCACAGGUAGAACUACUAAGACCGGAGAAAGCAAAGGGACGAAAGGGUCAAAAUUAAUGGACAAGAAGGGAUCUUUACCGCCGUCUCAGAAAGGCAAAGCUCCAGUCGUAGCGAAAAGACCGUCAACAGCAGAAGCAACACAAUCGCAAGCAUCAACUCCAGCUGCACCAAAUACAAGUAGUAAUGUUAGUAAAACAGGAAAGAAAAAGAAUAGCAUGAAGACGAACAAUCAGCAAGGUAAGCAGCUGCAAGAAGACAAUGCUAAUACCACUAAAGGACCCGGAGCGAGUAAGAAGGGUAAGGGUGGUAGCGAAUCUGUCGCUGCUGCUAAAAAAGGUCCUUCAGAUGUCACGGAACGCGUAGUCACAACCGAAAAGAAAAGCGAGGAGACGGACGUACUACAAGAACUACUUGUACUUUAUAUUCACAACUCUACUGCUGCUGCUCGUACUAGUGCUUAAUAGUGUCAGUACUAACUAUGAUUGAUUCCAUAUUAGAGCAGUUGGUUUUAAUGUGAGUGAACUUGUUUCUCAAACCUGAUAAAGGAGUAGAAUACUCUUCAUACAACUAAGUAAUGACUCAUUUACUCUAUGAAGGUACCAAGUGCAACACCGGCUUCCGCAGCUGCAGCUGUGCCCCUUUCAUCGCCCAAAACAGCGUCCAAGAGCGCCACAACAGCCUCCAAGAGCGCCAAAACAGCAUCGAAGAACUCUACCAUGGAACUGGAUGCGCAACUUCAGCAGGUUGAUCUCCUCUCUGACGUCCUCGUGCCUUCAGCUAAUGCACCAGCAGAAAGGCGGAAAGAGCUGAUUGCUUCAUCUCAUACCAAUGCCAGUUCAACGAAUGGCAAUAGUGAGGAACAAGAGACCAGCUUGAUUGAUGAUCCGAUGCAGAUCUCAUCUUCCAAAGAGGACAAUAAAGAACAUCCCAGAAGUAGUUCCAGUUCGUCUAGUUCAUCAACGACUGCAGAAGAUGAUCAUCUGUCUAGUAGUGGCGCAGUGACGUCGAGUGCCAUGAAUUCAUCGUCUGGGAGCGAAGAGGAACAACGCGAAGAUAAGGUGGAGAAGAAGAUGAAAACAACCAAAGCGGACGAAACCAUGACCAUGGCGGCUACAUCUUCAGUGUCUACCUCUACUUCGACAGUGCGAGGAAGAACUACGAAGGAGGCAGAACAAGCUCGUCAGCACGUAGGUGUGAGUAUGAGUAGCAGCACAACUACGACCUCGACGUUAUCCCAUCAUCAUCUGCAGACUCUGCCCCGUGCCCAAGACGAUGACUUUGCAGUUGUUGAGAUUUACAGGGUGUCAGGCUUCGGACGAAAUGUCAAGAAUGACAAUGCUCCUCGUGGAGGUGGAGGUCCGCAGAGGUUUGCUUUCUGCACGGUUAGCUUUUCAUGUGGUGAGGGUCUAUCUGGUCGUGAUGCUGGUCCUCUACCUCUACGAGGAAAUGGAAAAACCAUGAUGGAAUCUCCAAUCGUCCCUGUUUCCGACUCAUCUGGCAAGGCGAAGUGGGAUGGAUUUCGUGAACAGAUUCCCUAUGAUGGCGAGGCUUUGGAGGUGGUUUUCCGAGUUUUUCUGUCUUCAUCUUCAACUACAUCGCAAGGACAAGGAGAAGAAAACGCACUGCAACUAGGAGUACGAGAUUCAGAACAAGAUGUAGAUCAAGGUCAGCUUGAGCUGCUUGAGGAAGGUUUACAACUCGAGCUCCAAACUCCACGUCUUGGCAUGGACCACCCCCUAGUUUCGAACGCAGCGCGCAACCUACUCCGAGUGCCACAAGAAGUGAUUCGCACGAUAAGCAAGAAUAGCAGCAAUGGAGGAAGUUCUGGCGCCGCAGCAAGCAGAAGUAGAAGCCAGAGUAGGAACAACAGCAAGAAUACUACCAUUUCUGUAUCUUCAUCUCGUCACGUUCUUGGAGAUGAACAUGACAAAGAAUCUCUUCUUCAGUACGAGAUGAAUCAGGUAGGAACAUCUACUUCGAUAACUACCUCUUCAGCUUCUUCCACUUCCUGUAUCCGCAAGAAUGGGAUGAAUUUCUUCCCCUUCGGGCAGUACACAUUGCGGAUCCGCAAAUAUCCUGGAGGCCCUUGCUUGCUGCAAAAAACAGAUGAAGUGGAACUGCAAUUGGACAAUGUUCACGAUGGGGAUGUUGGGAGUGAUGGUGGCAGUGGUACUAGAGGCAAACUAGCCUUUCGCUGGGAGCUUUUCCGUACCCCGCGAAGCCGUAGAUUAAGGCUUCCCCUAAUCCAUCUCUAGAGAGAUCCCUCAACCGUAUGGAUGCGCCCCAAUGCAAGGGGAAUUAUAGUGACGCAUACGCUUGACGGAUUUCCACAGGGAUGAACUAGGGACAGGCCUAAGUAGAGGCUCUCAACGCUCGAGCAGUAGGCGGAGCAAUGCUAGCAGUAUAGUAGACCACGAGCGUUUUAGUAGUGUCAUAGACGAUCAAUAUGGCACGCCACUGGAGAAAUUGGGUACGCCGUUGGACUCGUUGACAAAGUCAAAAAAAAGUGGAGAACUUUGA